CCCACCACCGAGCAGACCCCUGGUGCGGUCUGCCCCUCGCCUCCGCCUCCGGCCUCCCCCUUCCCCAGCGACGUUCCUCCUCCGGCCACUGGAAUCGACGGCGCACCCCAACGCCUCUGCCUCUCCGACGGCGCUUCUCUAGCUAGCCUGGAGGAUCACCUUGUCCACUAAAGCUAGAAAACGAGACGGUGCUUAAGAAUCAGGUGGCGGUAGGAAAGGGCCUAGAUGAAACAUGAGGAGGAGAAUAUGGGUAAUGAACUCCCCACCGGUGCUUAGGUGUUCAUAGUGGAAAGCACCUCCACAACGAGGCGCUGUAUAGAAAAGCAUCUCCGACCACACCGCAGCGAUGAGGCCCCAACGCUCAGCAUCAUUGGUGAUGCUAAUAAGCUCCUGUGCCACCUCGCAUGCACGGGGCAACACUGGAGCAUAAAGAUUUUGAGAGCUCUGCAGGAGUUUCUGCAUAUGACUGUCAUCGUCAGCGUUGUCACAGUCACCUGGCUCUUCAUUCCUCUGGAUUUCAACCGUGGAGUCUUGCUGUUCCUCAUCCUUCUUGGCUUUGAACAGGUUGCUCACAACAUCCUUCUCACCUGGAUUAUUACCACGUUGCUGCUCUUUGAUUUCAUCAUGAACUUUGUCAUGCAGAAGCUGGGAGUUGCUAGUAAGCAUCACACCGCACUUGAAGACGAGGCAGGAGAGUCCUGCUGCAAUAUGGACCCACAAGGCAGGGAGGACCAUGAAGGAGUGCGCGUUGUUGGGUUUGAAGUCCCAACAUCACCAGAUUCAAGCUACAGUAACCCUAUUCCUGGAAACGAAGAUGAAGCUCGAGAGCCUCCAUUGGUUCCUCCUCAUCUGCAGCAUACAUUACUGAGCUUCCCGCCGAGCCAUGACGACUCGAGCAGCCUGCCGCCGCCCCAACCCGUGGUACUCAACCACCUCUACAUAGAAAAGGAGAACUCGAGAUCCGUGGUGGCGCUGGGUAUAACGCACCGGUUCAAGGCGAAGUUUGUGACAGUUGUGCUUUACAAGCCAGUACAGAGGCGGUAGGGCGGGUGGCGAACAUCUGUGUACUCUAUGUUCCUGCCUUGUUCCAUUUGGUUCCCAUUGGGGUUGUAGCGACAUACCAAACGAAUAGAACCCCAACUGUUGUAGUCCUGGAGAAACAGAGUGAGUGAGAGAGAGAGAGAGAAACCUAGACUCGAAUGAUUUAGUCCUGUACUUAAUUGACUGCCGCUGGUCUUGAUGAUGAUGAUGGUCUAGUUGAAUGAUGGUUAUCAUCUCUGCAAAUGUUGAGCAAGUUACCUA